CACAGGUGAGCGGAGGGCGGCGGGCUCGGGCCAGAGGCCGGGGAGCAGAUACCAACCGAACUGUGCAGUGUGUAUUGAAAAAUGGGUGACUUGGAGUCGGACUUCAAUCUGAAAGUCGUCUUAGUCAGUUUCAAGCAGUGUCUCAACGAGGAGGAAGAGGUGCUGCUGGAUCACUACCUCGCUGGCUGGAGGGGGCUGGUCAGGUUCCUGAACAGCCUGGGUGCCAUCUUCUCCUUCAUCUCUAAGGAUGUCACCGCAAAGCUGCAGAUCAUGGAGCGUCUGUGCAGCGGCCCACAGCGGGAGCACUAUAGCAGCCUGCAGUCCAUGGUGGCCUACGAGGUGGGCAACCAGCUGGUGGACCUGGAACGGCGUUCCCACCACCCCGACUCAGGCUGCCGGACGGUGCUCCGGCUGCACCGUGCCCUGCGCUGGCUGCAGCUCUUCCUGGAAGGUCUGCGCACCAGCCCCGAGGACGCACGCACUGCCGUGCUGUGCACCGACUCCUACAACGCCUCUCUGGCUGCCUACCACCCCUGGAUCAUCCGCCGGGCCGUCACCGUGGCCUUCUGUACGUUGCCCACUCGCAAGGUCUUCCUGGAGGCCAUGAACGUGGGGUCCCCAGAGCAGGCUGUGGAGAUGCUGGGCGAGGCCCUGCCCUUCAUUGAGCAUGUCUACGAUGUCUCCCAGAAACUCUACACUGAGCAUUCCCUGCUGAACCUGCCCUGAGGGCAAGCGGGCGAGGUGGGGCAUGUUUCUUCUUUCCAGAGCUGGGCUGGGGCGGCCAGAACCCAUCAGGCCCACCAUGGAGAUUUGUGGGUGCCCCAGGAAUGGGAAAAACACUUUCACCUGCCAGCUGAGCUACAGGCCCCGCAUAGCCCACCCAGCCUGUGCUUCUAGGCUGCAGCACAAGGGCUGUGACAGAGAAGGCAAGCCCUGGCCAUCCCAUCUGCUCCUCCCUUGCCUUGCUCUGCCCAAGGGUGUCUUUGUUUUUACCCUCUACCAAGUUACAUGUGUCCAAUCAGGCCUCGUCCAGAUGGGUAAAGUGCAGAAGGCAGGGAGGGUGAGGGCAGUAUCAGUCUUCGUGCAAAACCCUGAAAAGCUGCCCCCUGCCUGUGAGCCAAGUCCAUGAAAUGGGGCAAAGUCACAGGUCCCCACAGUGCAGAGACUUCAUCCUGCUUGCCAGCAAACUCAUCCAGCAGGUGCUUAUCCAUCCCUGGCCCAUCUCAGCGGCAGGCCCUGGGUGCAGUGUCUGUGCCCAGGUGCCCCGGGCCCCUCCACACGGGGCUGGCUGUCCUCAGGGCAGGGAUGGGACCCCUGGGCAGCAGUGGGCAAUGCAGGCUGGCUCCCUGCCCUCACCUCCCUGUUAGCCAGGGUCCCACACGUCCUCAGCAGCAACAGCCAGCAGCCCAAGCCCUGAGCAGAGGCCUGCCCUGCUUCUAGCCCUGCACACUUAAUCAGCAGCCCCUGCAGCCACCCUGUCAUUCGGGGGCUCCCGCAUGCAGCUGCGUGCGAGUCUGCACAGCACAGCUCCAAAGCUCUAGGGAGCCCACGACUGCACUGGUCCAGUGCUGGCCUCUCCCCACCAUCCAACAAGAUGCUGUGCUCCUUCCUCCCUGCCCCCGGCUGCCCGUCCCCAUGGCCCUCAGGAGACCCAGGGUGAUGGCCAGAGCCUGCACCCUUCUGCCUGGCUGAUAGGCCAGCCGUCACCGGGCACUUGGGGGCCAGGUGUCUCCUACUGGCUCUUCACUGUGAGCACAGGGCCCUCGGUGCUGAGGGGACUGUAUCUACCCUACAGAGAUAUGCAAGACUGUGAGCCUGCAGAGACCUCGGGAAUGUAUAAUACGGGUGAUGGAUUUGUGAACAGCAAUAAAUUCCACUUGUAGAACAGG